AUGAACGGGUGUGAGAGGAGAGUGAGAGUGAGACCCAUCCCAGCCCCGCCAACCAUUACCAGUCCUCUUUCAGACCUUCUCAGCUCCCUUCCAGACCUUCCAGCCCAUCCCAGCCCCCUCCAGCAAUUCCCAGCCCCUCCAGCCCUUCCCAGCCUCACCAUCCCAUCUCAGCUCCCUUCCAGGCCUUCCCAGCCCCCUCCAGCCCUGGUUUCCCUCACCUCCAGUCAGGGUCUAAGGCAUACGGAACCACUGGACCUGAACCGUAUCGGGUACCGGAUUAUGGGCCAAAUAUGUUUACCGGAACCGACUGCAAGGGUGAGACUUUCUACCCGGGAGAGCAGCGCCGCGCCCCUCCCUCGCUCUGCGCCUCCACCAUGCACCACACUCCACAGGCACCGCACACUGGCACCACAGCAGCAGCAGCAGGUGGGCGGGGCACAGCAACAGUCACUGCGGGAUGCAAGGUUGGCACGUAUUAGUCAACAGAGUGAGAGGCAGGCGGCGGCGGCGGCGGCGGCGACGGCGACGGCGGCGGCGACGGCUGCCACACCCACUCUCUUCACGUCUCCAUUGCUCUGCCUGUGGAUUAUCAAAGGCCCCGCCCCUGUCCCGCCCUCACCGCGCCGCCCCGCGCCUCAUUGGCCCGCGACGCGAGCCCCGCCGCGGCCGCCGCUGGUGACUGGGUGGCCGUUGUGUUAG